AUGCACCCCACUCGUGCUCGUACUCGUUUCAUGGAAUUUCAGGGUGGAUUUUCCGGAGAUGAUGCCCCGCGUGCUGUGUUUCCCAGCAUCGUGGGGCGCUCUCAACAUGCGGGUAUGAUGGUUGGCAUGACUCGAAAAGAUACAUAUGUUGGUGAUGAGGCAGACUCUAGAAGUGGCAUUCUGACUCUGAAUUACCCAAUUGAACAUGGAGUUGUGAGCAAUUGGGAUGACAUGGAAAAGAUUUGGCACCAUGCCUUUUAUAAUGAACUUCGUGUUUCCCCGGAAGAUCAUCCUCUUCUUCUAACCAAGGUUCCUUUAAACACUAAGGAUAACCGUGAGAAGAUGACUAAAAUCAUGUUUGAGACUUUUAGUACCCCUGCUAUGUAUAUAUCCAACGGUGCUGUUCUCUCAUUGUAUGCAAGUGGACGUAUAACUGAGUUGCGUAAUGACCACAAGGAGGUAACUGAGAAAAUCAAUCAAAACAUACAAAUUUUGCAUUCUGCAAGACUUGGAAAAUCACCCUUCAAGAAUUCAGAUUCACAUGUAAAGUUCAUUUCAAGGGACAGUGUUACUGCAAGGGUUGAAGUAUAUAAAGAUCAUGCGAGGAAUAGACAUAGGUUAUAUUAA